AUUCACACUGAUGCUAACGUUCACUGUGCGGAAUUUUACUCACGGAAUUCCGCGGGGAUUCCGCAGUGUGAACAUACCCUAAAACUCCCUCUACCGCCAUAUAAAAUCAGAGUCAUACACCCGUAUGGUUGUUGCAUUGCAGCUCUGUACCACUAGGAGCAAGGGUCAAAUCCUGGGGAAAAAAAGUGUGGGAAUUCGCUUAAGAGUUCCACUCAAGGGCUGGUGCUGCAGGACUGCUGCUUAUAGGAACAGGGUUCCUGCUGUGAAAAAAGUGCAGGAACUCAGUUCCCAUGCGUUCCUGCAGGACUUGAGUCCUGACUAGGAGGUUGUAUGGUGGUGUAAUGUGACAGUGGAGAUCGGUGCAAUUGAUCUGCUGGGCAUCUACCUUCAGGCAGUAAUACGGAUGUUAGAAUUCAGUCAUACUGAGUGCGUGGGGCCGGAUAAGAGAUGGCCUCUAAGUUCAGGCUGAUCCGAACAUGCAUGCCUAUGAACAGAGCGGCGUACACAGCUCAUACUGGGGGUAUGUCACGUUCUGUGGCCUGUUGCUUCCAUAGAAAGGACAAUGAGAAGAAACUCCUCACAUCCAGAUGGCCGAAUACCAACAAUGCACCCAACCACAUUGCGGGUCAGAGUGCCCAGCUGAGAACUUCACCCAAUAUUUGGACGAGGCCUAGGUUUUCUGCAGCUGGAGUGGUUGAAGCCAUGCCAAAGAAUGCCCAGCCUUAUCUUAGGCUUAUGAGGCUGGAUAAACCUAUAGGAACCUGGUUGUUAUAUCUGCCAUGCACUUGGAGCAUUGCUCUUGCAGCACAGCCAGGAUGCUUACCAGAUUUUUAUAUGCUUGCCCUAUUUGGCACUGGUGCAGUUCUGAUGCGUGGUGCUGGAUGUACUAUUAAUGAUAUGUGGGAUAAAGACUUUGAUAAAAAGGUGGCAAGAACAGCUAAUCGCCCAAUUGCUGCAGGAGACAUCACCCAGUUCCAGUCUUUGGUUUUCCUGGGAGGACAGCUUAGUUUGGCAUUGGGUGUGCUUCUGUGUCUUAAUAAUUACAGUAUUGCUCUAGGAGCUGCUUCUUUGUCGCUGGUACUCACCUAUCCAUUAAUGAAGAGGAUAACUUACUGGCCCCAGUUCGUAUUAGGAUUGACAUUUAACUGGGGAGCAUUGUUAGGGUGGUCUGCUAUUAAAGGAUCCUGUGAUUGGUCAGUCUGCCUCCCUUUGUAUAUCUCUGGAGUCAUGUGGACAUUAAUAUAUGAUACCAUCUAUGCUCAUCAGGACAAAGCAGAUGAUGUGUUGGUUGGAGUAAAGUCGACAGCGCUACGCUUUAAUGAGCAGACCAAGCCUUGGCUGAGCAGCUUCAGUGUUGCCAUGCUUACAGGACUGACAUUGACGGGAAUCAGCUGUGACCAGACUCUGCCCUAUUAUGUUGCUGUUGCCCUCAUUGGGGGGCACCUAGUCCACCAGAUCUAUACCCUGGAUGUAAACAAUGCAGAGGAUUGCUGGAAGAAGUUUACAGCAAACCGCACAAUAGGGUUCUUACUUUUCCUAGGCAUUGUACUGGGCAAUCUGUUGAAAUCCCAAGAAACAAAAGUCAAGGAUUUACAGCACCACAGCUCAUAAACAAAACGGUGGUGGGUUUGGUGUCUUAAGCCUGCCCAGCGAGUUGUGUACAACACCAAGGAUGUUCAAUAUAUUAUGGCACCCUUUAUGCUGCAGUCAAUGUGGGUUUCCCCAUCUGAUCUUGUUGAUAAGCCUAUGCCCCCCUGAUGGCCUGGUUUGCUUGCCAAGCUCUCUGUAUGCAGCCUGCUUCUGUUGCUAGUCCCCAACCUGUAUCCACCUUAGGGUCUGAUCCAUCAGUCAUAUGUCCUGUCCCUGACCUUUUCUUGCUGCUACAGAGAAUUAGCUGCUGCUAUCCUACCUGUACCAGCCGACAACUGACCACCCUGCAGCUGCUGCCCAGAACAUUGGACCCACUCACAGGCAUCCACCAGCCUAGUUUACUGCCAGGCUCACAGAAGACCGCUUUUUCCUACUGCUACUCCAUCUGCCAAAAAUGAGGAUGUCAAAGAAGCAGUCUGCUCCGCCCCUUUGCCAAUAACCAUAGCAGAGGCCUCAAGCAGUAAAGUACCAGUGCUACAACCUAUAGUUCUAGCAAGACUGGAGCGUCUUUCCACCUCAGCAUGGUUCAGCACAAGUGUGGCUUGCAGUUGCCUUGAGCUGCAGUAACACGGCAUGGUCACUUUACAGUGUUCAGAGCUUUAGAAUCGGCUAUUAAAAAAGUAAAAAAAAAAUACCUCUAAAACUAUUUGAGGUCAAGCCAGAGGUGGGUUAGGAAUAUAAAAUACAAAAGGUAGAAGUUCUAUACUUCAACUUUUUGCUGAAUCGACUAAAUGGUUUUGGCUCAAAAACUGAGAUCUGAUCUUAGCAUAAAACAAGGAAAUUUUUUUUUUUUUUUUAUACUCUUCCUGAUGUGAUCUGAAAAAGCUAUUGGAAUGUCUAGUUGUUGAGAAAAUGUUCAUAUGAGUGUAUUUCCCUAUCAUGCUUUCACAGCUAAAUGCUUUCCAAAGAUUACAGCACAUACUGAUGAUAAGGGAUAACACAUUUAAAGACCUCUGCCUUUUGUUUUAUUUGUAAGUCUCAUUUGUUAUUCUUUUGUAAUAACACAUGGCAUGAUUGUUUAAAGGGGUACUCCACCCCUAGACAUCUU